GCGGCGGCCGGCAACAUGGCGGCGGCGGCCUCCUGCUCCGCGGCGGCGGCGGCGCCCGCUGGGCCCGGACCGGGGCCGGCGUCGGCCGGGCCGGGCUCCUGCGAGUGGCUGCUGCUGCGGGACGGCUGCCUGCGCUGCGACGCCGACGGGCUGUGCAGCCUGUGCUACCACCCGGCGCUCAACGCCAUCCUGGCCGUGACCGCGCGCGGCGCCAUCAAAGUCAUCGACGGCACCUCGGGGGCCACGCUGCAGGCCUCGGCCCUCAACGCUAAACCAGGUGGACGGGUGAAGUGUCAGUAUAUUUCUGCUGUGGACAAGGUGAUCUUUGUGGACGAUUAUGCAGUAGGAUGUAGAAAAGAUCUCAACGGCAUCUUAUUGUUAGACACAGCUCUGCAGACACCUGUUUCAAAACAAGAUGAUGUGGUUCAGCUUGAAUUGCCUGUUACAGAGGCUCAGCAGCUGUUAUCUGCUUGCAUAGAAAAAGUAGAUGUUUCUAGCACAGAGGGAUAUGACUUAUUCAUCACACAACUGAAGGAUGGUUUAAAAAAUACCUCACAUGAAACAGCAGCAAAUCAUAAAGUUGCAAAGUGGGCAACGGUUACGUUCCACCUUCCUCAUCAUGUUUUGAAGUCUGUCGCCAGUGCCAUUGUAAAUGAACUCAAGAAGAUAAAUCAAAAUAUUGCUGCCUUACCUGUAGCAUCCUCUGUGAUGGAUAGGUUAUCUUACCUCUUACCCAGCGCGCGACCAGAACUUGGUGUGGGACCUGGUCGGUCUGUGGACAGGUCUUUGAUGUAUAGUGAAGCUAACAGGAGAGAGACAUUCACUUCAUGGCCUCAUGUGGGUUAUAGGUGGGCACAACCAGAUCCUAUGGCUCAAGCUGGAUUCUACCACCAGCCUGCUUCAUCAGGAGAUGACAGAGCCAUGUGCUUUACCUGUAGUGUAUGUUUGGUAUGCUGGGAGCCUACAGAUGAACCUUGGUCUGAACAUGAGAGACAUUCCCCAAACUGCCCGUUUGUCAAGGGUGAGCACACUCAGAAUGUACCUCUUUCAGUCACACUGGCAACAAGUCCAGCACAAUUUCCCUGCACAGAUGGCACUGACAGAAUAGCCUGCUUUGGAUCUGGAAGUUGCCCUCAUUUUCUAGCUGCCGCGACAAAGCGAGGGAAGAUCUGCAUAUGGGAUGUUUCCAAACUUAUGAAGGUCCACUUGAAAUUUGAGAUCAAUGCAUAUGAUCCAGCUAUUGUGCAACAACUUAUGUUAUCGGGAGAACAGAGCUCAGGGGUUGACUCAAGGAGACCAACACUAGCAUGGCUAGAAGAUUCAUCUAGCUGCUCAGAUAUACCAAAAUUGGAAGGAGACAGUGAUGACCUAUUGGAUGAUUCAGACAGUGAAGAGCAUUCCAGAUCAGAAUCUGUAACAGGGCAUACAUCGCAAAAAGAAACCAUGGAAGUCAACCUCGAUAUAACAGCUCUCAGCAUUCUCCAGCAGCCUGAAAAACUUCAGUGGGAAAUUGUUGCAAAUGUUCUAGAAGACACGGUUAAGGAUCUAGAAGAACUUGGGGCAAACCCCUGCUUGGCCAACUGUAAGAGUGAAAAGAUGAAGGAAAAACACGUGGAGCAACACAACAUUCCCUUUCCUUGUUUAUUAGCUGGAGGUCUAUUAACAUACAAAUCACCUGCUACCUCUCCUGUUAGCAGUAACUCUCAGCGGUCACUGGAUGGCUUAAGCAGGACUCGAGGUGAGAGUGUCUCAGAACAGGGAUCAACUGACAAUGAAUCCUGCACUAUUUCUGAACUGAAUUCCCCUCUGGUAAGGAGGACUUUACCUGUAUUGCUGCUAUACAGCAUUAAGGAGUCUGAUGAAAGAGGAAAACUUUUUUCACAGGUGAACUUUAUAAGUAAAAGUAUACAUGAAGAUGGUUUCACGGUUCCACAGAUCAUUGAAAUGGAGCUGGACAGUCAAGAACAGUUGCUGUUACAGGAUCCCCCUGUGACUUAUAUUCAGCAGUUUGCAGAUGCUGCAGCCAACCUAACUUCUCCAGACUCGGACAAGUGGAGCUCCAUGGUUCCCAAGCCUGGGACAUUGGUUCAGUGCCUGCGUCUGCCAAAGUUUGCAGAGGAGGAGAACCUGUGUGUAGAUUCAAUCACUCCUUGUGCAGAUGGAGUUCAUUUAUUAGUAGGACUUCGGACUUGUCCUGUCGAAUCUCUGAGUGCAAUAAAUCAAGUAGAGGCCUUGAAUAAUUUAAAUAAAUUAAACUCAGCACUAUGUAAUAGAAGGAAGGGUGAAAUAGAAUCAAGUCUUGCUGUAGUGAAUGGCACAAGUAUCGAUGUAAUCCAACAUGAGCCACCAGCAGAUGUAACAACUCCUUUAAUAAUUCAGCCUGAACAGAGAAGUGUUAGUGGUGGAUACCUAGUGCUUUAUAAAAUGAAUUAUGCCACUAGAAUAGUUACUUUAGAGGAGGAACCGGUAAAAAUCCAGCAUAUCAAAGACCCCCAAGACACAAUUACCUCAAUGAUUUUACUCCCACCAGAUAUAUUGGAUAAUCGAGAGGAUGACUGUGAAGAACCUGUAGAGGAAAUACAAUUAACUUCUAAAAAUGGCAGUGGGAGAGAGAGAAGAUCUGAGAUCUCUACUCUUGGGCACCUGGUAAUAACUACUCAGGGAGGAUAUGUUAAAAUACUAGAUCUUUCAAACUUUGAAAUUCUGGCCAAAGUGGAGCCACCUAAAAAAGAGGGCACUGAGGAACCAGAUAUGUUUGUCUCGGUGAUAUACUGUUCGGGCACAGACAGACUAUGUGCGUGCACUAAAGGUGGAGAACUUCAUUUCCUUCAGAUUGGAGGAACAUGUGAUGACAUAGAUGAAACUGAUAUACUUGUAGAUGGAUCCCUUUCUAAAAGUGUAGAGCAGUCGUCAGAAGGCAUCAAGCCAUUAUCUAACCCUUCUAGUCCAGGCAUUACAGGAGUUGAUCUUUUGGUGGACCAGCCAUUUUCCCUUGAAACACUGACAUCUCUGGUAGAACUGACCCGUUUUGAGACCUUGACACCACGAUUUUCAGCCACUGUCCCUCCCUGUUGGGUUGAAGUCCAGCAAGAACAGCAGCAAAGGAGGCAUCCUCAGCAUUUGCACCAGCAGCACCAUGGAGAUGCAGCUCAGCACACUCGAACUUGGAAGCUACAGACAGACAGCAAUAGCUGGGAUGAGCAUGUCUUCGAGCUGGUUCUUCCAAAAGCUUGUAUGGUUGGACAUGUGGACUUCAAAUUUGUUUUGAACUCAAACAUCACGAACAUUCCCCAGAUUCAAGUGACUUUGCUGAAAAAUAAAGCUCCAGGCUUAGGAAAAGUCAAUGAAGCAGCAGUAGAUAGACAGAUCACAUUUCCUCUAUCUCCAGCUCAUAAUGUUGAAACUGAGAGAAAUGGAAAGCCAGGACUGGUUGAAUUCAGUGAAGAAAUGCAGUAUAUGGAUGUUGAGGAACCACAGUGUCUUAGGUUGUGUCCAUUUUUGGAGGAACAUAAGGAAGAUAUACUCUGUGGUCCAGUAUGGUUGGCUACUGGACUUGAUCUGUCAGGACACGCUGGAAUGUUGACACUAACAAGUCCAAAGCUUGUCAAAGGCAUGGCCGGUGGCAAGUACCGUUCAUUUUUAAUUCAUGUUAAAGCAGUGAAUGACAGAGGAACAGAAGAAAUCUGCAAUGGUGGCAUUAGGCCAGUUGUUAGAAUACCGUCUCUAAAACCACAGACAAACAAGGGCCAUUCCCUUGCUUCGUUAUUGGCAAAAGUUGCAGCAGGCAAGGAAAAACCGUCUAGCAAAAUUGAAGCUGGUAACUCGUCAAGAAAAUCAGAUAACCUUAGAGGUUGUGACUUACUUCAAGAAGUCUCUGUAACAAUUCGAAGAUUUAAAAAAACUUCAAUUUCAAAGGAAAGAGUUCAGCGGUGUGCCAUGUUACAGUUCUCAGAGUUCCAUGAGAAGCUGCUCACUACUCUUUGCAAAAAGACAGAUGAUGAUUUGACCACCGAACAUGCUCAGAGUCUUGUGCUAGACACGCUUUGUUGGCUAGCAGGAGUAUAUUCAAAUGGACCUGGCAGCUCAAAGGAAGGAAGCGACAGCUUGCUUUCCAAAACACGCAGAUGUGUAUCUGAUAUAAUCCGUGUUUGUUUCUUUGAAGCUGGACGGAGCAUAGCUCACAAGUGUGCGCGGUUUCUUGCACUGUGCAUCAGCAAUGGCAGGUGUGACCCAAGUCAGCAGGGUUUUGGAUCAGUUCUCCUAAAAGCUUUACUUGACAAUAUGCCUCUUCUACCUGCUGCUGCAACAGGUGGAUCGGUGUAUUGGUAUUUUGUAUUGCUGAAUUAUGUAAAGGAUGAAGAUUUGGCAGGAUGUAGUACAGCUUGUGCAUCACUGUUAACUGCUGUGUCCCGACAGCUGCAGGAUCGCCUGACACCUAUGGAAGCAUUACUACAAACAAGAUAUGGAUUAUAUAGUUCACCUUUUGAUCCAGUUCUCUUUGAUUUGGAAAUAAGUGGCUCCUCUUGUAGAAAUGUAUACAACAGCAGCAUUGGCGUUCAGUCCGAUGAAAUUGAUUUGUCUGAUGUUCUGUCAGGAAAUGGGAAAAUAAGUAGCUGUGCAGCUGCUGAAGGAAGUUUUACCUCCCUUACUGGGCUUUUGGAAGUUGAACCUCUGCACUUUACAUGUGUUUCAACAAGUGAUGGAACUAGAAUAGAAAGGGACGAUGCAAGUACGUUUACUGUGAGUACUUUUGGGGUUACCCCAGCAGUUGGUGGUCUCUCAUCUGGAACGGUUGGGGAAGCCUCGACAGCACUGAGUUCAGCAGCCCAGGUAGCUUUGCAGUCUCUCUCUCAUGCAAUGGCCUCAGCCGAGCAACAGCUCCAGGUGCUGCAAGAGAAACAGCAGCAGCUUUUGAAGCUUCAGCAACAGAAAGCUAAGCUGGAAGCAAAAUUACAUCAGACAACAGCAGCAGCAGCAGCAGCAGCAUCAGCAGUUGGUCCUGUUCACAACUCUGUGCCUUCUAAUCCAGUAGCAGCCCCAGGGUUCUUCAUUCAUCCUUCAGAUGUAAUUCCACCCACACCAAAAACAACUCCUCUGUUCAUGACUCCUCCUUUGACUCCACCCAAUGAGGCAGUUUCUGCUGUUAUCAGUGCAGAGCUUGCUCAGCUUUUCCCUGGCUCAGUCAUUGAUCCCCCAACAGUUAACCUUGCUGCACAUAACAAAAAUGCAAGCAAAUCUAGAACGAAUCCACUUGGAUCUGGUCUUGCUCUUGCAAUAUCUCAUGCUUCACAUUUUCUUCAACCUCCACCUCAUCAGUCAAUUAUUAUAGAGCGAAUGCACUCAGGAGCAAGAAGAUUUGUGACCUUAGAUUUUGGAAGGCCUAUAUUGCUGACAGAUGUAUUGAUACCCACUUGUGGAGAUUUGGCUUCUUUGUCAAUUGACAUCUGGACCUUAGGAGAAGAGGUAGAUGGAAGGCGAUUGGUAGUGGCUACUGAUAUUAGCACACACUCACUGAUUUUACAUGACUUGUUGCCGCCACCAGUUUGCAGAUUUAUGAAGAUCACUGUUAUUGGCCGAUAUGGUAGUACAAAUGCCAGAGCAAAAAUUCCGUUAGGAUUUUAUUAUGGCCAUACGUAUAUCUUGCCCUUUGAAAAUGAGCUGAAAUUAAUGCAUGAUCCCCUCAGAGGAGAAGGUGAAGCUGCAAAUCAACCAGAAAUUGACCAACAUUUAGCAAUGAUGGUUGCGUUGCAAGAGGAUAUACAAUGCAGGUACAAUUUGGCCUGUCAUCGGCUAGAAAUCCUUCUGCAGAGUAUUGAUCUACCACCACUCAAUAGUGCUAACAACGCCCAGUACUUUUUACGAAAGCCAGACAAGGCAGUAGAAGAAGAUAGCAAAGUAUUUUCUGCUUACCAGGACUGCAUUCAACUACAGCUUCAACUCAAUCUGGCUCACCAUGCCGUUCAGAGGCUCAAAGUAGCUUUAGGUGCAAGCAGGAAAACACUGAAGGAACAAUCGGAUCCAAAAGAGUUGAUUCAGAUGUCAUCAACAGAACAAUUGCGCACUAUCAUUAGAUAUUUGCUGGAUACUUUGCUUAGUUUACUUCAUUCUUCCAAUGGACAUUCUGUUCCUGUGGUUCUACAAAGUACUUUUCAUGCUCAAGCUUGUGAAGAAUUGUUUAAACACCUGUGUAUCAGUGGGACUCCAAAAAUCCGAUUGCAUACUGGUCUUCUGCUUGUUCAGCUGUGUGGAGGAGAAAGGUGGUGGGGUCAGUUUCUCUCAAAUGUGCUGCAGGAAUUAUACAAUUCAGAGCAACUUCUUAUAUUCCCACAAGACAGGGUCUUCAUGUUACUUUCUUGCAUUGGACAAAGAUCGCUUAGCAACAGUGGUGUUUUAGAAAGUUUGCUUAAUCUCCUGGAUAACCUUCUGUCACCACUGCAACCUCAUUUACCUGUGCACAGAAGAACUGAAGGAGUGUUAGAUAUUCCCAUGAUCAGUUGGGUUGUAAUGCUGGUAUCCAGACUACUGGAUUAUGUAGCUACUGUUGAAGAUGAAGCAGCCACAGCCAAGAAACCUCUGAAUGGAAAAGAGAGGGAACGUUUUUUGACAGGAAACCAAUGGAGUUUUAUAAAUAAUAGCCUUCAUACCCAGAGUUUGAGCAGAUCUGCUAAAGGCAACAGUAGCCUAGAUAGACUGUAUUCACGAAAGAUCAGAAAACAGCUUGUUCAUCAUAAACAGGUGACUUCUGACACGCAACUUAACUUAUUAAAAGCAAAGCAGAAGGCUUUGGUGGAACAGAUGGAAAAAGAGAAAAUACAAAGCAACAAAGGAUCAUCAUACAAACUUUUAGUAGAACAGGCAAAACUAAAGCAGGCUACUUCCAAGCACUUCAAGGAUUUAAUACGUUUGCGUCGGACUGCAGAAUGGCCUCGUUCUACUUUGGAUACAGAAGUAUCAACUACAAAGGAAACUCCAGAAAUUGAGCCACUUCCCUUUACACUGGCACAUGAACGUUGUAUUUCUGUAGUACAGAAGUUGGCACUCUUCCUUUUGUCUAUGGACUUUACUUGUCAUGCAGAUUUACUUCUGUUUGUUUGUAAGGUUCUUGCUAGAAUUGCAAAUGCUACAAGACCAACAAUUCAUUUAUGUGAGAUUGUAAAUGAAACUCAGUUGGAAAGAUUGCUGCUCCUUCUUGUUGGAACUGACUUUAACAGAGGAGACAUCUCUUGGGGAGGAGCAUGGGCUCAGUAUUCUCUGACUUGUAUGCUGCAAGAUAUUCUAGCAGGAGAACUGCUGGCACCUAUAGCGGCUGAAGCUAUGGAAGAAGGUGCUUUGGGAGAAGAUGCUGGCGCUUCAGCUGGGGAUUCUGAUGACUCUCUUCAGCCACCCACAGUUCAAUUAGUGGAAACAAUAGAUGAGCCUUUGACACACGACAUCACAGGUGCUCCACCCCUGUCGUCUUUGGAAAAAGAUAAAGACAUUGAUCUUGAAUUGCUGCAAGACCUGAUGGAGGUUGAUAUUGAUCCUUUGGAUAUUGAUUUGGAAAAAGAUCCUCUUGCAGCCAAAGUUUUCAAGCCUAUAAGCAGCACAUGGUAUGAUUACUGGGGUGCUGAUUAUGGUACCUACAAUUACAAUCCUUACAUUGGAGGUGUUGGAAUUCCUGUUGCAAAACCACCAGUAGCUACAGAGAAAAACGGAUCACAGACUGUGAGUGUGUCUGUUUCUCAAGCAUUAGAUGCACGUCUAGAAGUUGGACUUGAACAGCAGGCUGAAUUGAUGCUGAAAAUGAUGUCCACUCUGGAGGCUGAUUCCAUUCUACAAGCACUGACAAACACAUCUCCUACAUUAACCCAGUCUCCUACUGGAACAGAUGAUUCAUUGCUAAGGGGAUUGCAUGCUGCGAACCAAAAUGCCCAGCUGAUUGUACAGUUGUCAUCUAUACCUAUGCUGAGUGCAUGCUUCAACAAACUCUUCUCGAUGCUACAAGUCCACCAUGUUCAGCUUGAAUCCCUUUUACAGUUAUGGCUCACAUUAAGCCUGAAUUCUAGCUCCUCUGGAAGUAAAGACAGUGGCGCUGAUAUUUUCCUUUAUAAUGCUAAUCGAAUACCUGUAAUUUCCUUGAAUCAAGCUUCAGUAACUAGCUUCCUGUCAGUUCUGGCAUGGUAUCCUAACACCUUACUACGAACAUGGUGCCUUGUGCUUCAUAGCCUAACUCUCAUGACAAAUAUGCAGUUUAAUGCUGGUCCAAGCAGUGCCAUUGGAGCUCAGGAAAGUACAGCCCAACUGUUGGUGUCAGAUCCAAACCUCAUUCAUGUAUUAGUGAAAUUUCUUUCUGGCACAAAUCCUCAUGGAACAAAUCAACACAGUCCACAGGUUGGGCCAACUGCUACGCAAGCUAUGCAAGAAUUUCUUACUCGAUUACAAGUGCACCUUUCAUCAACUUGUCCUCAAAUGUUUAGUGAAUUUUUAUUGAAAUUAAUACAUAUUCUUUCAACAGAAAGAGGUGCUUUUCAGACAGGCCAAGGGCCUUUGGAUGCACAAGUGAAACUCUUGGAAUUUACCCUGGAACAGAAUUUUGAAGUUGUGUCAGUUAGCACCAUUUCUGCAGUGAUUGAGUCUAUAACCUUCCUUGUGCAUCAUUACAUUACAUGUUCGGACAAAGUGAUGUCUCGCAGCGGCUCAGACAGCUCUGUGGGUGCUAGAGCAUGUUUUGGAGGACUUUUUGCCAACAUUAUCCGUCCAGGUGAUGCCAAGGCUGUUUGUGGAGAAAUGACAAGGGAUCAACUUAUGUUUGAUUUGUUAAAACUGGUGAACAUUUUAAUUCAACUGCCGCUUUCCAGUAACCGAGAAUAUAGUGCCCGUGUACCAGUAGCAAGCAGCACCACAGACAGUGUGUCUGAUGAAGAAAAGGUUUCAGGAGGCAAAGAUGGCAAUGGAAACAAUCCUAGUAUUCAAGGAUCAACUGCGUAUGUUGCGGACUUGGUGUUAGCCAACCAACAAAUUAUGAGCCAGAUUUUGUCUGCCCUUGGCCAGUGUAACAGCAGCGCUAUGGCAAUGAUUAUUGGUGCAAGUGGCUUACAUCUCACUAAACAUGAAAACUUUCAUGGUGGCUUAGAUGCAAUAUCAGUUGGAGAUGGAUUGUUCACUAUCCUGACAACACUUAGUAAGAAAGCAACAACGGUGCAAGUGAUGCUUCAGCCAAUUCUUACUUACAUGGCUUGUGGGUAUAUGGGAAGACAGGGUUCUCUUGCCACUUGUCAAUUGUCUGAACCACUCCUCUGGUUCAUUUUACGAGUCUUGGACACAAGCGAGGCACUGAAGGCUUUUCAUGACAUGGGUGGUGUUCAGCUUAUUUGUAACAACAUGGUAACGAGCACAAGAGCUAUUGUUAACACAGCAAGAAGUAUGGUUUCAACUAUUAUGAAAUUCCUUGAUUCUGGUCCCACCAAAGCAACAGACAGUAGUUUGAAAGCCAGAGUGCUAGCUUCUGAACCUGAUAAUGCAGAGGGAAUUCACAAUUUCGCACCCUUGGGUUCCAUCACCUCAAGCAGCCCUACUGCCCAACCUGCUGAAGUACUGUUACAGGCUACUCCUCCACAUAGAAGAGCUCGAUCUGCUGCGUGGUCAUACAUAUUUUUACCUGAGGAGGCUUGGUGUGAUCUCACAAUUCAUCUUCCUGCAGCAGUGCUGCUCAAAGAGAUACACAUCCAGCCUCAUCUGGCUUCUCUUGCAACUUGCCCUUCAUCAGUAUCUGUUGAAAUAAGUGCAGAUGGUGUCAAUAUGUUACCUUUGUCAACUCCUGUUAUCACAAGCGGUCUUACAUACAUAAAAAUACAGCUUGUGAAAGCUGAAGUUGCAUCAGCUGUCUGUCUUCGUCUCCAUCGUCCACGGGAUGCCAGUACGUUAGGCCUCUCUCAAAUCAAACUGUUGGGCCUCACAGCUUUUGGAAACACCUCGUCUGCAACAGUCAAUAAUCCAUUCCUUCCUUCUGAGGAUCAGGUCUCUAAAACAAGUAUUGGAUGGUUAAGAUUAUUGCACCACUGCCUCACUCAUAUAAGUGAUUUAGAAGGAAUGAUGGCUAGUGCUGCAGCACCCACUGCUAAUCUGUUGCAGACGUGUGCUGCAUUACUCAUGUCACCAUACUGUGGUAUGCAUUCUCCAAAUAUUGAGGCUGUGCUUGUAAAAAUUGGGCUGCAGUCCACCAGAAUAGGCCUCAAAUUGAUUGACAUUCUUCUCAGAAACUGCUCAGCAUCAGGAAGUGACCCUGCAGAUCUGAAUAGCCCUUUACUGUUUGGAAGAUUAAAUGGUCUCUCUUCUGACUCCACAAUAGACAUUCUUUAUCAGCUGGGAACAACUCAGGAUCCUGGAACAAAAGAUAGGAUUCAAGCACUGUUAAAAUGGGUCAGUGAUUCUGCGAGAGUUGCAGCUAUGAAAAAAAGUGGCCGGGUCAGCUACAUUUGUCCAAAUAGCUCAACAAGAGAGUAUGGUCUUUUGAUGCCAUCUCCUUCCCACUUGCAUUGUGUGGCAGCGAUUCUGUGGCAUAGCUAUGAACUGCUUGUUGAAUAUGAUUUACCAGCAUUGCUGGACAGAGAGCUCUUCGAAUCACUGUUUAACUGGUCCAUGUCUCUUCCCUGCAACAUGGUUUUGAAGAAAGCAGUUGAUAGCUUGCUUUGCUCAAUGUGCCACAUCCACCCAAAUUACUUUUCCUUACUUAUGGGAUGGAUGGGUAUCACUCCUCCUCCAAUGCAGUGUCAACACAGACUGUCCAUGACCGAUGACAGCAAAAAGCAGGACCUCACUUCGUCUUUAACAGAUGACUCUAAAAACGCACAAGCGCCCCUUGCACUAACAGAGUCUCACCUGGCUACUCUGGCUGCCUCAUCUCAGUCUCCUGAAGCUAUCAAGCAGUUAUUGGACUCAGGUUUGCCUUCACUGCUUGUAAGAAGUCUUGCUAGUUUUUGCUUUAACCAUACUUCUAGCUCGGACUGCAAUGCACAAUCAACAGAUAUCACCCAGGAUAGACUCAGGAGGCACCAUGUCCCACAGCACUUUAAUAAAAUGCCUAUCACAGCAGACCUGGUUGCUCCUGUUCUCAGGUUUUUGACGGAAGUUGGCAACAGCCAUAUAAUGAAGGACUGGUUGGGUGGUUCUGAAGUCAAUCCGCUGUGGACAGCGCUUUUAUUUCUGUUGUGCCAUUCUGGUGCUACUUCUGGAGGACACAGUGUGACUGCACAACAGACAAGUGCAAGAUCCAGCUUGCUUUCUUCAACUGUAACAGCAGGGUUGACCACUCAGCAGCGGACAGCAAUUGAAAAUGCGACAGUUGCUUUCUUCUUACAGUGCAUUUCUUGCCAUCCUAAUAACCAGAGGCUUAUGGCACAGGUUCUCUGUGAAUUGUUCCAGUCUUCUCCUCAACGUGGGAACCUCCCGACCUCUGGAAACAUUUCAGGAUUUAUUCGGAGGCUUUUUUUGCAGCUAAUGCUCGAGGAUGAGAAAGUGACUUUGUUUCUUCAGUCCCCUUGUCCACUGUACAAAGGUAGAAUUAAUGCUACUAGUCAUGUAAUUCAACAUCCAAUGUAUGGAGCUGGGCACAAAUUUCGUACUCUUCAUUUACCUGUCUCAACAACUCUAGCUGAAGUUCUCGAUCGUGUGUCAGAUACACCCAGUAUCACAGCUAAGCUAAUUAAUGAACAAAAAGAAGAUAAAGAAAAGAAGAACUAUGAAGAAAAGGAAAAAGUUAAGGCAGAAAAUGGAUUCCAGGACAAUUACAGUGUUGUUGUUGCUUCUGGUUUGAAAUCUCAGUCAAAAAGAGCUGUUUCAUCUACCCCUCCACGUCCACCAUCAAGACGAGGAAGAGUGAUGGCAGAUAAAGUAGGUACCUCUUCCUCAGGAGCAGAAUCUUCCAGCAAGACUAUUAGCGUUCCAGUUUUCCAUCUCUACCAUAAACUUCUACCAGGCCAGCCAUUACCCGCUGAAAUGACUCUUGCCCAGCUUCUGACUCUCCUGUAUGACCGUAAACUCCCUCAAGGAUACCGAUCGAUAGAUUUGACAGUUAAGCUUGGAUCCAAAGUAAUCUCAGAUCCAAGCUUAUCAAAAACAGACUCGUUUAAACGUCUUCAUACAGAAAAAGAACAUACAGAUUUACUGGGUCCUUGUCCUGAAGAUGAAGCCAUCAGUCCUGGGGAUGAGUGCAUGGAUGCAGUGUUAGAUGAAUCACUUCUUGAAACAUGUCCCAUUCAGUCUCCACUGCAAGUUUUUGCAGGAAUGGGUGGAUUGGCCCUAAUUGCAGAGAGACUCCCUAUGCUUUAUCCUGAUGUAAUUCAGCAAGUGAGCACUCCAGUUGUUACAUCAACCACACAGGAAAAGCAGAAGGACAGUGAUCAGUUUGAAUGGGUUACUAUUGAACAAUCAGGAGAAUUGGUGUACGAAGCACCAGAAACAAUUGCUGCAGAACCUCCACCGAUCAAGUCAACAGUUCAGACUAUGUCUCCCAUACCUGCUCAUUCUUUGGCUGCCUUUGGUUUAUUUCUUCGUCUCCCGGGCUAUGCUGAGGUGCUGCUAAAAGAACGGAAACAUGCUCAGUGUCUGUUGAGAUUGGUGUUGGGAGUUACAGAUGAUGGUGAAGGAAGUCAUAUCUUGCAGUCUCCUUCAGCAAAUGUGCUUCCAACCCUUCCCUUCCAUGUCUUGCGCACUUUGUUCAGCACUACACCAUUGACUACUGAUGAUGGAGUGCUGCUUAGGCGAAUGGCACUGGAAAUUGGAGCUAUACAUCUUAUCCUUGCUUGUCUGUCUGCUCUAAGCCACCAUGCACCAAGAGUUCCCAAUGCUAGUCCCAACCAGGCAGAGCCACAAGUAUCAAGUACACACAACAGUGCUUCAACAGAAGAACAGCAGUUGUACUGGGCUAAGGGUACAGGCUUUGGAACGGGCUCCACAGCUUCAGGAUGGGAUGUUGAGCAAGCUUUGACUAAGCAAAGGCUAGAAGAAGAGCAUGUGACCUGCCUUCUACAGGUUCUUGCCAGUUACAUAAAUCCUGCAGGGAGUGCAUCAAAUGGAGACCCUCAGACUAGCCAUGAGGGUAGAGGACAGAACAGCAGCGCCUUGCCGUCCGUUCUCCUGGAGCUCCUCAGUCAGUCUUGCCUCAUUCCAGCAAUGUCAUCAUACCUCCGCAAUGAUUCAGUUUUGGACAUGGCCCGACACGUCCCUCUCUACCGAGCCCUGUUGGAAUUACUCCGUGCCAUCGCAUCUUGCACGUCGAUGGUGCCAUUACUGCUUCCUCUGUCCGGAGAAAGUAGCGAAGAGGAAGAAGAGCAGUUGGAGUCACAAGCUUCUGUUGGGACCUUGUUAGCUAAAAUGAAGACCUGUGUAGAUACCUAUACCAACCGAUUGAGGUCUAAAAAAGACAAGGCUAAAGCAGGGGUAAAGCCCGAUGCUUCUGAUCAAGAACCAGAGGGACUGACACUUUUGGUACCAGACAUCCAGAAGACUGCUGAGAUAGUUUAUGCUGCUACCACCAGUUUACGCCAGGCAAACCAAGAAAAGAAGAUGGCUGAAUAUUCCAAAAAAGCUGCUGUGAAGCCCAAACCGUUGUCUGUUUUACGCUCUCUUGAAGAAAAGUAUGUGGCUGUCAUGAAAAAACUCCAGUUUGAUACAUUUGAAAUGGUUUCUGAAGAUGAUGAUGGAAAAUUGGUUUUUAAAGUAAAUUACCACUACAUGUCUCAGGUAAAAAAUGCAAGUGAUGCCAACAGUGCUGCCAGAGCCCGACGUCUUGCACAAGAAGCUGUGACUCUUUCAACAUCACUGCCUCUCUCAUCUUCAUCCAGUGUUUUUGUACGUUGUGAUGAGGAGCGGCUUGACAUUAUGAAGGUUCUCAUUACUGGUCCAGCAGACACCCCUUAUGCAAAUGGGUGCUUUGAGUUUGAUGUGUAUUUUCCACAAGAUUAUCCUAACUCCCCUCCACUUGUGAAUCUGGAGACAACUGGAGGCCACAGUGUGAGAUUUAAUCCAAAUCUCUACAACGAUGGCAAGGUAUGUUUAAGCAUUCUUAACACAUGGCAUGGGAGGCCAGAAGAGAAAUGGAAUCCUCAAACAUCAAGUUUUUUGCAGGUAUUAGUAUCUGUCCAAUCUCUUAUACUUGUAGCAGAACCAUAUUUUAAUGAACCUGGUUAUGAACGAUCAAGAGGUACUCCAAGUGGUACCCAGAGCUCCAGAGAAUACGAUGGAAAUAUACGACAGGCAACAGUCAAGUGGGCAAUGCUUGAACAAAUCAGAAAUCCAUCGCCAUGUUUUAAGGAGGUCAUCCACAAACAUUUUUACUUGAAAAGAGUGGAGAUCAUGGCUCAGUGUGAGGAGUGGAUUGCAGACAUACAACAGUACAGCAGUGACAAACGGGUAGGCAGAACUAUGUCCCAUCAUGCAGCGGCUCUCAAGCGUCAUACAGCUCAGCUGCGAGAAGAACUUCUGAAACUUCCCUGUCCUGAAGGACUGGAUCCAGACGCUGAGGACUCCGUGGAAAAAUGCAGUGCCACGAGUUCAGAAGAGACUGUGCUGCACGAACAGGUGAAACCCAGCAGCAGUAAAGAUAUCCCCACUGAUUUCAAGUUAUGAGUUGUAUUGACAUGGACUUUCUAGACACAAAGGCUUUGAAGCACAAGCCAAAUAUGUCAAUAUUUGUAUGUAAGAAGCUAAUUAUGUAAUAGGCAAUGAAACUGAAACUAUACUAUGCCCUUACGGAUAUACAGUUUAAUUCAAGAUGAUCUUUUAUUUACCUGUACAAGAGUGUAAACUUUUUUGUGCUUUUAUUUUUCAAUUGUGAGAACCACUGAUUGGUAUGUUUAAAAAAAGUUAUGUAUACAAGAAAUGGAUAAAUCACUGAUAUAUAAGGGAAAACUACCUUAGGAAAGAAUGUUUACUGAAUGUUUAUUAUUUUUUUUUACUUGUAGAGUGAGGGCGGUUGUAACAAAGAAUAUAUAUUGGUCAUUCUUACAGCUACUAUUUAAAGUCAGAAAAUUUUCACUGAAUUUGAUAGAUUUUACGUUUGGCCAUAUAUUCAUGCUCAUAUUUGAUUCUAAAGAAAACCUCCUGUAUACUUCAAUAAAAGUUAAAUGGACAUGAUCCCUCUUUUAUGAUUUACUGGUACAUUUUUUAAAUAAACUGCCAUAAAAUACAUUAUAGCUGAAAGCUUGCACUUGUAUGACUGAAUUCAUUGCAGUCAACAUAUUUAAUUUUAUGCUUACUAAUUCUAAAAUGCAGUUGAAAUAAAUGCACAUGGUUUUACCUCAUGCCAAAAUCUGGACUUCUGAAUUCAUCUUUUGUUUAGCUAAUUUAAGCAAGCUAACAGUGUUCUAAAUUUCUUAAGGGCUGUUGUGGAACAAAGUCUGUUUUCUGUUGAAAUGUCUGAUUUUUACAUAAUAAUAAUAAUAAUAAUAAUAAUAACUACUUUAAGUACUGACAGGCUACUGAUGUGCCAUGUAGGACACUUAACGUUCUGUAGAUCUUGCUGCAUAGGCUUGGUUCUGAUUUUACUCUUGCAGCCACAAGUCCCUACCUAAAAAGGGAUUUCCAUGAUUUAAUUAUCAAGUCUCGCUUUUAAAAAUUAAGUGAUAGUAAUGAAUGUUACAUUAAGUAGUCCUUGAAGGACUAAAAAGAUAAUAGUGGCAUUACCUCAGACUAAAUGAUCUGUUGUAUUGAUAAUACUACAAGUGAGGUUAAAAAAAAAAGAAAAUUCUCUACUUUGUUUUCUAUUUGUUCUUUGCUUGUAAGUAUCACGCUGGAAUUUUUUCAUUUCUUGUUUUACAGUGUAUCAUUCCUAAUCAUUAAAAGUGGCACCAACUGAGGUUGUGUUCUUAAGCUGAUGGUGAACAGGCAUUGAUAGUUCUGUCCAAAGUACAGUUUUUCUGUUCUUUUGAUACGUUGUGUUAUCCCAGGGUCCAUCCAGGUAUUACAUAAUUCUCAAAACAUCAGUUUACACAUUUCUGUGCUACUACAGGAAACCCUUAAAAAGGGAAGCAAGAAGCUCUGUGCCAGUGUUACAGAGGUAAGUGUACAAAAGUUUCUGCCAUAGUCAACGUUUUAGAUCGUUAUCUGUGUUAAAACAGCACUGUGUUUCUCUAGGUGGGUAUUUACUUACCUUUUUACUGUUGUACAAUAAAGCUCUGGUAUUCUCAUAAAGGCUCCAAAAGCAGAACUGCUCACAAAGUAGCAACUACGUUUAAGUUAGUGAUUUCUGUUAAAGCUCUUAAUUUAGUGUUUAAACCAUCUGUCUACAGGAGCACAGCAUUUUUAUAAAAUCCUGGUACUUGUACCAAAAAGAAACAGACCUAAAGAUCCACCUUAUACAUAAAAAUGUAUUUUUUAACCAUUUAAAAAAAAAAUUUCCACAAAAAAACGCACCUGAAAUACAAAGCACCUAACUUGCAUUAUCUGACUUUAAAAGGCUGUAUCAUUUUCUCUUAGAGUGCAUUUAUGGUACCACGGUGAUGCUAAUGUGAAGUCACUGCUGUUAAAUUAAGCAAAUGCAAACAGCUGCCUGGGAUAUUAAAGUCUAAUUUGUAAAUGCAUACCAACUUUUCUUGCUCCAAUUUGAGCACCACAGAGCAGUAUCAUACAAAUUAAAGCAGUGAUUCCAUCAUUAACAACUUGCAACUGUGUUACCAUGUAGUGAGUAGUAUUUCCUGGAGCUUUGCAGACAAGAAUGCCAAGUUUUUCUCUGAUUGCUUCAAUCUACACCUGCUACCAAAGAGAGAAUGGCUCGGCAGCCAUCUAUGAGACCUUGUGCUCCAUGAGAGCAAAGCAGUCAUUACAAUAAUCUCUACACAUAAACAAACAGUCACUCUGUUUUGCUAAUGUAGAUGCAAUACUCACCAUAUGCAAAUGUGAAUGUUACCUCCAUAAGAUUUAUCAGUUUCCUUUGAAAUUUCCUUUCAGUAGAAGCUGUGCAUAAAUGUAGGAAUUAAUGCUCAUCUGUAACUACCAUAGUUGUACAAAACAGUGGCCCUGCAUGUGGCAGGGGGGUUGGAGAUUCGUGAUCCUUGAGGUCUAUUUUAUGCUCUCAGAUGCUCUAUUUUAUAUGCUGUGGCAAAGAAAUUGAUAGGUAAACCACCCUAUACUUAAUUUACCUUGUUUACCUGUAAAUACCUGAACAAAAAUCUAGCUGACCUACAUUUAAGGCAGGACUUAGGUAUUUACCUGGAGUUUCUCUGACUUGUCUUCCAUUUUCUUCCCUCCAUAACGCCUUACUAUUUGUGUGUUUUGCAAGUGUUCUUUUAUUUCUUUCUUUGUUUCCCCAGAAGCCAAUCACCAUCAUGUGGACAUCUCUCUGGACUGUCAGCUCUCUUUAUCUAGAAAACAGAAAUUAGAAGGAUUUUUCAGUGAAAAGGUGAUGCAUUUUUAUACUUAUAACCUGAAGAAUAAGGCACAGAAGACAUUCCAAAUCCAUGUUCUCAACGUAUUAUCAUAUACAUGUGUAUAUAGUUAUAUGAAUAAAUAGGUCAGGUCAGGCAGUCAUUUCUUUUUGAAAAACAGUUUUCCAAGCUCUAUUUUUUCUCUCUUUUCCCAUAAAUUCUUAACAUAAGGUAGAGCAUGUUGGCAUUUAUAUUGAAACAUGAGCUUUCUAUGAGUACAAUAAGCUGAAUAGGUAAAAGAAGUUUAACAUUUUCUAAAACUAAUAAAUAGUAAAAACAUUUUGUUCUCUAGAGCCUGCAGUUGCCAUUGUUUUAUUCUUUUGGAAUACAGGUAGAGGAAUUAUAGUAUCUACUCGCUGAGUUACUAUAGUAAAACUCCAAAAUAAUCUCACUACUGCCUGUUUUUAAUAACAGCUCAAAGAAAACAAAUCCCAGCACACAGCGCUUUAUCUUGACUGAGAUGGCUCUGCAUAUUGUGACCUCUCAUGUCUACAGGUGAUAAUUUUUCCUACGUCUCUUGACUGCUUCUUUACAUGAAAAUUACCUAUAUUAUCCGCAUUGUUUAAUAAUAUGAUCUCAGCUGUGUAGAUAGAGGUCUUUUCCAGCCUUAAUGAUUCUUAAUACUAAGAUCAUCUAUUCCAACUGUCCACCUACCACUAAUAACCAUGGCCCUCAGUACAUCUACCCUUUCCUUAAACACCUCCAGGGAUGGUGACUCCACCACCUCUCUGGGCAGUCUAUUCCAGUGCAUCUCCACUCUUCCUGAGAAUAAAUUUUUCCUAUUAUCCAACCUGAACCUCCCCUGGUACAACAUGAGUUACCCUCCUGACCUACUGCUGUUACAUGGGGGAAGAGGCUGACCCCCACCUCACUGCAACCUCCUUUCAGGGACUUGUAGAGAGCAAUGAGGUCUCACCUAAGCCUUCUCUUUUCCAGGCUGAACAAUCCCAUUUCCCUCAGCCACUCCCCAUACGACUUGUACUCCAGACCCCUCACAGUUUCAUUGCCCUUCUCUAGACACGCUCCAGGCCCUUAGUGUCUUUCUUGUUGGGGAAUGGCCCAAAACUGAACACAGUAUUUGAGUCUCACCAGAACUGAGUACAAAGGGAUGAUUAUCUCCUUGCUCCUACUGGCUGCACUACUUAUUAUACAAGCCAGGAUGCUGUUGGCCUUGGCCACCUGGGCACAGUGCUGGCUCAUGUUCAGCCAAGCAUCAACCAACACCCUCAGGUCCUUUUCCUCUGUGCAGCUUUCCAGCCACUCUUUUUCUCAAGCUUGUAGAAUUGCCAGGGGUUGUUUGGCCAAAGUGCAAGACUGACAUUGCGUUUUGUUGAAUAUCAUCCCACUGGCUUCGCCCCAGCUAUCCAGCCUGUCCAGAUCCCUCUGUAGGACCUUCCUGCCCUCAGAUGGAUAGACACUUUCCCCCAGCUUGGUGUCAUCUACAAACUUAGUGAGGAUGCACUCAAUGCCCUCAUUCAGAUCAUCAAUAAAGAUAGGGUAGGCCCUAAUACCAACCCCUGUGGAACAAUACUCAUGACCGAUCACUAGCUGGAUUUUACUCCAUUCACCUCUCUGGACCCAGCCCUGUAGCCAAUUCUUUGUCCAGCAGAGUGCAUCUAUCCAACCCCAGGGCUGCCAGCUUCUCUAGCAGAAUACUGUGGGAGACAGUGUCAAAAGCUUUACUAAAGUCUACAUACACUACAUCAACAGCGUUUCCCUCAGCUUCCAGGCUGGUCACCCAGUCAUAAGAGAUGAGGUUGGUCAGGCAGGACCUGCCUUUUGUGAACCCGGGCUAGCUGGGCUAGCUGGGCCUGAUCCCAUGGUUGUCCAGCACAUGCUGUGUGAUCUCACUCAAGAUGGUCUGUGUCAUAACCUUCCUUGCCAGCAAGGUCAGGCUGACAGACGUGUAGUUCCCUGGAUCGUUACAACCCUUCUUAUAGAAGGGAUCACAUUAGCAAACCUCCAGUCAUCUGGAUUCUCUUCAGUUGACCAGGACCACUGAUGGAUGCUGGAAAGUAGGUUGGCAAUUAUGCUCACCAGCUCCCUUGGCACCCUCACGUAUAUCCCAUCUGGCCCCAAACUCUAAACUGGAGGCUAAUGCUGGAGGUAGAAAUGUUUCUGUAAUUCAUAUAGCAAAAUCUUGUAUUUAAGCUUGUUUAGUAAACAGUUCAGAAAGGAAAGGUAUCCAUUCUGUAUCACUGACCAUGCAGGAUAUUUAUUAUCAUAACUCACAGUGUUAUUUUUAAAAACCUUUGGGAGGCUUUCCUGUUUUCAGUGCUGUGCUCCAUACUUGCAGCUUAUGCACUUCAUGCAUUUUUUUCAUUUGUUCUUCAUCUGCAGUCAUUAUUCUCUUCCUCACUCAUAGACCCACCCCCACAGAUACAUAUGCACAAAGCCUUCAACAAUUCAUAAACUCUUUGCAUAAAGCUCUUAGGAUAAAGCAACCACAUCCCAGUUCCCCAAUAGCAAACUGAGGAAUACAUUUUAAAAAAAUAAAAGUAUUUUCCAACCAGGAAACUAAAGAAAACUAAAACCACAGAUUUAAAAACAAAACAAACCAAAAAAAAAGACUAUUUGUCAUUAUUAUAGACUGCCUCUAUUGUUUUAUUAAAUAUUUUCUUAUUUACCAGAGCAAAACACAGCCUUUUUUCUCUUUUCCAUUUCCUUUCAGAUGCUUAAACAAGUUUGUUAUUUGGAAGUGGAAAGUUGGCUAUGAGGGUAAAGGCAACAGCCUUCUUUAACUUACUCCUAAGUAAUGGUUUAGAAGUUUCCAGAAGUCCUGUUCUUUCACCUCAAGUUUAAAAGCUUAUUUUCAGUCACCAGCUCCUUUCUCCUUAUGCAAGUUAACCACAACUGUAUCAAAGCCGACUUCCAGGACAGCACGCUUUCUGUCUGUCAAACCUCCUUUGAAACUGCUAGCAAUAAUGAUGUUAUUUCCACAGUUACCAUUUUAAACAGGUCCUAAGGAAGUGGCAAUGAGCUGGACAUCACACUGCCAUACAACAGUCCUGGCUGAAGCCCAGAGCAGCACAGUUCUAAGCUGAGUAUGAGGACACAUCUUUUAACACUGCAUGAGAGGUACAACUGCAGUUUAUUUAGAAAGUAACGAGGCCUUAAUUCAUUACAUACACACAAUCAGCCUAGCCAAGCAUGGGCAUCCUCACAUUAUGGAAGUCAGGAGGCCAGAUGCACAUGGUUGGGAAGCAUUCUCCAGGAUGCAAGUCACAGCCUUCAUUCUGGCUGUAGCUACAGUUCAGGCUGUCCCAAAAACCUUGCAAAUGUUUGCUGGCAAUGAACUGAACUGCGGCAGUGAUUCAAGAGGGGACAGAAGUGACAUUAUCAUUUUGGUCCUUUUCAACCCAGGCCAUUCUAUGAUUCUGUGAUUAUAUGACAUGGCAGAACAAAAACUAAUAGCCAACAGCAGGAUUGCUGAAAAGGAAAUGGUACAUCUGCCAACUGGGCCGAUCCUCUCUACUGCCAGGCUGUCAGUGCAAAUCUCAGCCGGGUUUUGAGGCAGUUUCAAUCAGUGAAACUCAUCACGAUAUGUAAAAUUCACAGGGGCUGGCCUCCAGAUCAGCAGAAGUCACAAGAGAAAUCAUGCAACCAUCUGGCUGGCUGAAUUUUGCCAUAGUGUGGGAUUCUGGAUUAGUCCCAGAGCGUUUACAGUAGCCGCAGACUAGCAAAAGAAAAACUCUUUCCAGAGUCAAUUCAACACAUCUCCUGUCUGCCUCACGGUCACUAAAGGCAGCAGAGCGUGCAGCUGGGUCGCACAGACAUCGAAACACCACCUGCUGUCAUAUGGCUCCCUGGGAGGCUUUAAAUGUUGGCAACAUGAUGAGAGACCACCUCAUCCGUAUGACAACAGGGAAGAUGAGGGGGGAAAUUACAUCUGAGUGAUGAUUUAGCUCAAUACAGAUUUCACUCUAGCUUAAAAAUAAAUAUCUACCUACAAGUGCAUGCUCAGUCACAAACAAUUGCUGUUGAUGGCACCAAAUAGAGACUGAAGCAAAAGUACUCCAGAGAACAAAAUAUCUGUUUGUAUCUGUACUGCCUACUGAUGUGUUAAACCUCCUCCAGCUCUUUUCUAGCCGUUCCUCUAAGUAAAUCAUUCACGUUAGAAAACAAAUGGCCAGAUGAACAAAUGACAUACGGCAGGGAACUAAACAUCAAUAACCAAUAUCAGAGGAGAAGCCAAGCCAUUUCAAUAGAGAAGAGGAGAAUGACAGCACAUGGCUCCUGAUUAACAACUGUUCAAUUCAGGAAAGAUGGUUCUAUCUCUCAGAGCUCUCAGGAGAUCCAUAUUACUAGCAGAAAUCAAUGAAAGACAGUGCUGAAAUUUGAAGCUUGAAUUUAGAGAACUACAACAGAAUUCUGUGUUAUUCAAGAUUCUAUGUAUGCCUAAUGCAAGACAUGGAUUAAUCAUCUGAACAAAAAUAACAGUUGCUAUGGCUCCUUGUAGUUACAAACAGCUUCUGAUAACACUGUCUUCCUGAAAAUGUUAGUCUAAUUUGUUUGAGUGGGUUUUUAAUUAUUACUUAAAAUACUCUUUCACUUGCUAAUACAUUUUCAGGCUCAGAAUCCAACAGCAAGUGAUUUUAUAUUGCCAAGUGUGCCUUCAAACACAGUUGCCCAGUCAGUGUCACUGAGGACAAACCAUGGCAGUAAAUUCAUCCAGUUUUCAUUUUCCCCUGGUAGCUCAUUUUUCACAUUUCAACAUACUGAGCUUUAUGCAUCAAAGCUUCACUGAGACACCAGAACAGCAGUCAGUGCCCUGGUAUUCAUUGCAGCCUGCAAGCCCCACCAGUCAGAAUUUGGGGUCAGAAUCUGUACGGCAGAUCAAAUUGUUCUACACCUCCUACCAAAUACUGCAUCCUGUGAGUGACAGAGGGUUUCCAUGCAGACUGAAUUGCCAGCAGUGUCUACCUCAACCUUUGGCUUCUUUUUAUCAGACUGAAUUCAUACUGUUGGUCUUCUGGAGAAAAUGACAUUUUUCCUAAAUGUAAGUAUUUAAGUGGUUUGAAAGUUUUUGCCUUAAUGGCCUUUGAGUUUUAGUUCAUACGGAAAAGAAAAUAUUUUUGUUAUUUUAAUAUGUUAAUUAAAGAUCAAGAAAUUUACUAGCAGCUGAAAAAGCAGGAAAGUCUUUUGUGAUUCCUGUCUAUAAACCAGGUAAAAUAACAAGUACCAACUGUAGAAAUUUUUAGGCCAUGGCCUCUCAUAAAACACAGAUAAAAAUUUAAGUGUAGAUUCAAAAACAUUAAUCAAACUGGGCUUACCUAUUUGCUUCCAUUAGUGUCAUUUAUUUCCACAUUUAGCAAUGUGGAAAGCGCCCAGUGGAAAUACCAAAAAUCACUUUGACAUUGACCCAACCUGAACAACAGACCCAUCACCAAUCACACGAUUCUUGUGUCACCAUCAAAACAACUGCGCUCUUCAGUGCUAAGCUGCUAAACCCAACACUUCACAAAGCUUGCGAAACAGACCGAUAUUUUUCGAAUCCAUAAAUAAGAAAACUACUGCAUACUCACUGUGCAGCUUCAAAAUACUUCACCCACUACAACUGCAGUAAUAUUUUUGUAUGUGUGAACACUCCUAUACUCACCAUAUUUAUGCAAACAAGAAAUAAUAAUUGUUAACAUCUUUUCAUCUUCAGGGUAUGAGUCCCAUAGCAAUGUGUUGAGAAAAGCUGCCAUAAAUUUAUUUGCACAGAUAAAAUAGAAGCCAAUAUUUUCAGGAGAAUACCAGGAAAUUGACAGUCUAUAAAUACCUCCAGAGUUCCUCAACCAGCGUUAUUUUCUCAUCCUAGUUUAGAUCCUUGUAUUAAGGGAAAAGACAGUUCAGGAUGAAGACAGUAGAGACAUUGAAAGUGUCAUUUUAAGGCACAUAUAAAUGCUUUCCUUAAUUAACAUGACUUUGCCCUUCAUAUAACCAUACUGUGUAGUAAGUCUUCUGCCCAAAGUCACUUGUAUCAUAGAAUCACAGAAAUGAUGACAGAAGGGGCAGCUGGAGGUGAUCACUGCUCCUCCCCAAACAAAGCAUCAAGUUUCCCCAGCAGCUGUCAGUGGAAUAUGUCUCUCCUACAGUUUUGGUAGUUUGGACUCUGCUUCAGGCUAAUUGCCUUCUCCCUUUUGUCUCUAGUCCCAGCUACAUUGCAGUGUUACUAUGGACACCCUACAUUUAUAGCUUACUUCAAUUACUAGAUCAUUUUUAUUUGCUCAAAAACCAAACCAUUUUAAAAUAGAUGAAGAAAAUAGGGAAGAAAACAGAGCAAAGGUCAUGUUGCACUUUAAAAAGUCCAGCCGGUUCCAGCUUCUCUCAUGGUUGCAGUAAAACCAUUAAUCAUAAUAAACUCAUUUUGUCUAAAUGCAGAGGUAAUACAUUUUUCCAUGUAAAUCAUUUCAUUGCCGUGACAGAAUGAUGUCAGAGAGUCUAAAUAGCUGAUCUAAUAAAUUUUCCUUUAGGAACAUUGUUUAGCACUAAAGGUUAGAGUGGGGAGGGUCAGGGAACAAGGGGCAAGAUUGAUGGCAGCUGUUGGUAAGAAAGAUUUGGUUUUAAUUUUCUUAAGAUAGAUCCAAAUACUACAUUUACACAAAAGCAUUUUUAUAGACUGAGAAAAUGUAUAAAUCUGGAUAUUGCAGCAAUAAGAACUAAUAUCUUUCUAAAAGAAAAAUACAGCUCUAGGUAAUAGCAAGAUUUUCAGGAAUGUAUAAGAGAUAAUAGAAAAAAAAAAAAAAACCUUAACUUUGCAAGCUUUUUAAUAUCAUUCAUCUGCUUAAGGACUAUUUUUGAUAUAAUUCAGCACUCCACAUUCACCAUUUGUACUCACAGACUCAUACACGUGGAUCAACACUUUUUUUUAGGCCGUGGCCUCUCAUAAAACACAGAUAAAAAUUUAAGUGUAGAUUCAAAAACUGCAAAAAAUCUGCAUCUGAUUUGACUGCAUGCACAGAAAUGUUUCAGUAAUGAUGCAGAAACAUGGAGAAAAACAGCAUUUCAUUCCCCACCCCUCUACCAAAAACAAAUAGAAAAAAAAAAAUCGAACUGCACUUCAUACUUCAACAUAAAUGUGACUAUUUGCUGAGUCCUACGGCAGCAUGGGAGAAUAAAUAUACAUGUUGCCAGCAUGGAAAAUGAACAGCCUCAGAUGAAACAUUAAAAAAAGAAAAAAUCAAAGCUGUUACUCCCUAUUUCUUUGCAUCAGAUCUCUCCAAGUCAAGCUUUGGAAGAAAUUACUGAUUUUGGUUUAGUUCCAACUAUUUUUUUCUAUUUGUCCUUUUUUUCAUUUGAGUACCUACAGAUGAAAAACUGUUUCAGGUAGGCUUAAUCCCUACUCUUUACUGCAGCACUGGGUACACUCAAUAAUGACAACCCUGCUGCGUAGAGAACAGCAAUUCUUUUCUUUUCACACAUAGUUGAUCUAGUGAGAUGUGUGCUACAAGCCACACAGAUUGCCUGCAAAGAAAGAAGCAAAUCUCCUUUAAAAGAACUAUUUCAUAUACAGAUAAUACAGAAAGCUGGAUAACCCCCAGAGUUUUUCCAGCUCUUACAAUGGUGACACAGACUCUAAUGAGCUCUGUAAUUGUAGCUCUCUCCUUCCCAGUCAGCUCCUUUAAAGCCAGCUUUUUGCAGAGAGGAUUUGCACAUCUUCUCUUAUAAACUAGAUAUUUCAAAGAAACAAAUACCAUCGUCCAGCACACCUAAAUCUGGGUAAAAGAGAAUUAACUAAAUACAGAUUUGUUCAUUGUUUGUUUAUUUUCAUGUUUAAAUUAUACUUCAGUACCUGACUGCAAAGGAGAUGCUAUUUUGUCAUGGCAGUUCUUCUGGCAGCUUGUUAACCAAGAUGGAUAUUUGGAUGCCUUAAUCAUCCAUUUCAACCUGACGCACGCUGGAUAGCAAUGUGAGACAGCAUGAAAUAUUCUAACAUAUCACUGCUGCAGGAACAGGAGAGGUCCACUUUUCCUCUCUUCAGAGCUGCACUCCUGCAGCUGAGCUGCCAUUUCCAACCACUGCCAUCACGGUGCCAUCCAAUCCAACAAGAAACUGUCUGUAAAAGAGAAACCUAUCAGGAACUGGAAGCUGCUAGUGGAAAUGUUCCUCAGCAUCAGAGCAAUCCCCACAGAACGGGCAAGGCAGUGUCGAUGGAAGAAUGGCAGGAGGGAAAGGCAGUGAGAGCUCCUAUUUUCUGGUGCAGUUAGGUGUUUGACCAGCUCAGGUACUCACACAGGUGCAGCAUCAGCUCUUCCACCUUCCUAAUUUUUAAACUGACACCGUAAAUGGCAGUUUGCGUCUCUGUAAAACGUAACAGUAAAGUUUGUUUAUGGAUUUUAACAAAUCUAUUAGGUAAUUUGAAAUGAGUUUCUCAGUGUAUUGAGUGUAAUCUCUUCAGCAGUGACAUUUAUUUAUUUCUAUUCACCUUGAUAAGUAGACUAAUUUUAGAUUCCUCUAAACAUGCUACAAAACAUCUAUUUGGAUAAGAUUUAUCACUAACGUGCCCUUGCACCAGGAAAACCUUAGUACAUAGUGCAGGAAAAACGAAACACCAAAACAGUGCAUCCAUCAUCAGUAGAGCAUUUCCUAAAUACUCACAGGAAAGAAAGAAAAAAGAUGCCUUUUUCCAUGAGUCUGCAUGCUGUCACGUGGUACAACAACAACCACAACAAAAAUGACAACUCAGGGAAAUAGAAUCUUUUAAAUCAUUUUUUCUACCACUAAGAAAGACAUGUACAUCAUUCUUUGUAUUUCUAUAGUUGUAUGUGUAUGAGAGCCCACUGAUCAAGACAGAAAAAUAAAAUCAAAUAAUUCUGCUUUGUUUUCAUAGGGGUGACAUGGUGUCUUUCCUUCUGAGGUAUUCUAGUAUGCUGUGUCAAUUUCUUGAUGCUGAUAAUGGAGAAAGGAAAGGAAAUCAUUUCAUGUGCAAUAUCUAGUAUUCUGGAUAAUCUGUAGCUGCUCAUCUAUUCCAAGAAAUCCUGGAGAAUGCUUCCUUACUUGAGAAUUACUCUAGUAGUCAGGACCUAGCUGGAAUAACUCCCCUGAACUGAGUCUUUACUGCUGACUCUCAAGAGACACAACAAAUCAUCAGAUCUGAAAAAUAAGGAUCUUCUAGAGAGCCCAGUGGAGGGCCACAAAGACAAUUAGUGUACUGGAGCACUUCCUGUAUGAAGAACAGCUGAGACCCCUGGGACUGUUCAGCCUGGAGAAGAGAAGGUUGAGGAGGGAAUCUCAUCACUGUAAAUAUCCAAAGUAGGGGAGUGAAGUGGGUGGACCAAGACACUGAAACAGUGGUGUGCAGCAAUAGAACAAGGGAUAAUGGGCAAAAACUGGAAUGGAAUAAGUUCCAUUCAAACAAGGAAGAAGUUUUUUCUUUACCGUCAGAAUUACGGAGCACUGGAACAGGUUGCCCAGAGACACUGGGGAGUCCGUUCUCUGGAUAGUCAAGACCUGUCCAGAUGCCUUCCUGUGAGAUCUACUGUACGGAACCUGAUUUAGCAGUGGACUGGACUAGAUGAUCUCUAUAGGUCCUUUCCAACCCCUACAAUUCUACGAUUCUGUUACUCAGGCACAUGAAUUCCUCUUACUGAUACAUUUAAGACUAACUCAAGCGCUGUUCUCAAGUGCUGUUUCUCCAUGUGACUUUAUCAAUUUAUAGAUUUUUCCGUUAACUUACUUCACUCUCACUGCAAGAAAUAUAACCAACUUUUCCAGAGUUUGCA